GGGGCUUGGACCUGCGCCAGAUAUUAUACAUGUCUGGUUUAGGAUAUGACAUGAUAUCGAAACACGAUUACAUUUACAGAAAGUGACACUUGAUCUCAUGCUUGACAUUGCUUUUGUCCCUAAUUCCUGGAACGUGUCUCCCUCGCGCGCACGCGGCAUCUCCCUACCUCCACACCUCCCUUUUGAGGCUUCAUCUAACGGGGCCCACAAAAGCUCUUCGGGGCACCCUCAAACAUGAUCAUCAAGCGCCUCCAGCCCGCCCGCUACCUGGCCGGGCUGGUGCUGGCCUGGGGCGUCGUGGCGACGCUGACGGCCUGGGUCACCAACCUGGUCGGGCUGGUGGCCUGCCGGCUGCUCCUGGGCUUGUUCCCGGGCGUGGCGCUCUACUUCACAAUGUCCUACGGCCGGCGCAGCAUCGCCUACUUCUUCGCCACCUCGGCCUUUCUCGGGCGUCGUCGGCGGCCUGGUCGCCUACACCGUCGGCGCCCUCGCCUGGCGGCGCCUGGCGCUGGAUCGUGCUCGAGGCGCUUGGCGCUGAUGCAACACGGCGAGCUGGGCGGGGCGCGCGCGCGCAACGCCGACGAGCUCGACUGGGGCCGACGUGCGGGGUCGGGGUUCCGCGACCCGACGCUGUGGCUGUUUCUGCGCGACGCAGUACUGCGUCAACAACAAACAUGCUCUACUCCUUCUCCCGUCUUUUUGCCCACCAUCAUCCCACGGGGCUCGGCGGCAUCAUGCUGGCGUGGGCCAUGGUCAACAACCCGCGCUACGGCAAGCGCGCCAUCACGUCGGGCAUGUAGCCGACGGUCGGCAACGCCGCGGGCGGGGGUCGCGUCGUCCCACAUGUUUGAGAAGCAAGUACGACGCCCACGUUUUACCCGGGCUACGGCGCCACCCAUGGGGCUGUCGCUGCUGGGGCUGGCGUGCAUCGUGGCGCUGCACUGCAUAUUCCGCUGGGAGAACGGGCGGCGCGCGAGGGGGGAGCUGGACUGGAUGGUGGAGGGGAGGACGGAGGAGAAGGUUAUGGAGCUUGGGGAGAGGAGUCCAUACUUCCGGUUUACCCUAUAAGCGGGGAGCGGGGAGCGGGGAGGGGGGAAUGGGCGAGGGUGUGUGCGCCUGUGGGCUCUAUGCAACCUCAUAAAACUGUAAAUUGUAAAUGCGAUGGAACAUGGCAAUAUUAUAUUGCCAAGAAAGUUUCCGUGAUUCGAAAAAC